UCACGGUGUGACACCAGGCGGAAGCGAACGACGAAAACAAACCAGCGGCGUCAGCUUGACUGAUGUGUGGACUGAGGUGGAAGACGGUUGUGUUGUCGUUUCUCAGAUCAAUAUUUCAGCAGCUGCAGUUAGAAUGUCUUCGGCUGAGUUUAUUAUCGAGCAGGAAACAGACGAAGAAGAAAAACUCGGAGUCUCCGAACAAACCGCCGUCCAGGACGAGGACCGUCAGUGCAGACAGCUGGAUAACAUCUGGGAACCACAGAUACCGUUACACACAACGGAUGACCCACAGCACAUCUGUAAGGAGGAGGAGGAGUUUCUCUCUGACCAGCAGCCCUGUAACCAGCAGAGGAAUGGUCUGGACCAGGAGCACCCAGAGUCUCCACAGAUUAAAGAGGAACAGGAGAAUUUCUGCACCUAUUUGAACCAGAACUAUCCACACUCUCUACAAAUUAAGGCAGAACCAGAGGACCCCGAGCCUCCUGAGAUUAAAAAGGAGCAAGAGGAAUGCUGCAUAAAUCUGGACCAGAAGGAAUCAGAGACUCCCAAGACCAAAGAGGAACAGGUGGAACUCUGCACCAGUCUGGACCAGGAGGACCUGAAGCCUUUGCAGAUUAAAGAGGAACAGGAUGAUUUCUGCUCUAGUCAAGAGGAAGAACAGCUUGCACUUAAACAGGAGAUAAACAUCUGUAUUGUGACUUCUGAUUAUGAGGAAAGUGAUCAUAGUGAACCAGAACCAAACCAUGACGAGCCCCUCUUUCACAACUCUCCUGUGGCUCAAAGUCCAGAUCAGGAAGGAAACAAGGUUGUAGAAUCAGAAUUAAGUAGAAGCUCACAACUCAAAACAAAGAAAAGAUAUCGUCGAAAUAGAAUUCACAGUGUGGACAACUCUUCCAUGUCAGAGUCUCAAUGUGAUACUCACGCAGGGAAAAUGUCUUUAAAAUGUGAUGUUUGUGAAAAAGUUUUCCUUAUAAAUCCAAACUACUUAUACAUCAGAGGAGUCACACAGGUGAGAAACCAUAUGCCUGCAACAUGUGUGAGAAAAGAUUUAUAA